GCAUCUCAUGCAUUGCCUUCCACUGAUUAGUUUCUCCUUUGGCAGAUACCUCAAGACACUAUUUGCCUGUUGAAAUUAUCAAGCAAGUUAUUGAAUCCAUGUCAUAUGCUAAACUUAAUGUUGUUCAUUGGCACAUCAUAGAUGAAGAGUCAUUUCCUAUAGAAGUGCCUACAUAUCAUAAUUUGUGGAAAGGGGCUUAUACAAAGAUGGAUCGCUAUACUGUUGAAGGUGCGUACGACAUUGUCAACUUUGCAAAAAUGAUAGGCAUCAAUAUUAUGGCAGAGGUAGAUUUUCCUGGUCACGUAGAAUCAUGGGGUAAAGGAUAUCUGAUCUUUGGCCUUCACCUAAUUGUGUUUAUGUUGUUUCUUCCUUUUUAUGUUACACUUUUGCCUUGUCUUUGCAUUAAUAGCUUGGGAAAUAGUUCUUCAUGGGAUGAGGUUGGCCAUGUUAGGUGGAAUCACAAGCAUGAGACUUUUUUAGCUUCAAGUUCUGGCAGGAAGAUUCUUGUUUGGGAUAUUAGCAGGUAUUUCUUCAGUACUGUUACGUGGUGCAUAGCUAUAUCUGUGAAGAAUUCAAGAAAUGAAUGCAUUGUUAUAUGA